GUUUCUUUUGUUUGUCUUGUUUUGGAAUGUCUGCUGCUAGUUGCACUGACAAGAGGGAAGGAGCAAUCGGGCUCAACCCAACCAUAUCGCAGACUUGUUCUCUGAAAAGCUCCAAAAUACCUCCUCAAAUUGGACUCAGAAUACAACCCCGAGAUUUUGGGCCGACCGCUCCUUGCUUAUCAUGAAGGCAACGCUCGCUCCCUGGCUGCUCCUUUGCUUCUUCACACUCGUUUAUUCAAGGACUAUCGACCAUCGCGACGUUGACGCUCCUUUCUUGGCUUGCUAUGACUACAUAGUCUGUGGUGGUGGAGUAUCCGGCUUAGUCCUUGCGAAUCGGCUCACAGAAGAUCCCAAUGUCAGUGUUCUGGUGCUCGAAGCUGGCAACCUCGAUAAUUACGAAGAUUUCAUUCUCUAUCCCAUCGAAGACGGAUAUGGCCUGGGUACAGACUAUGACUGGAACCUUUGGACGGUUCCUCAGACAUACCUCGAUGGUGCUGCACGGCCGUACGAUAUGGGAAGAGGAAUUGGUGGAGGGAGCUUGAUUAAUGGAAUGUGCUGGACUAGAGGUGGAAGGGCCGAUUAUGAUGCCUGGGCUUCCCUUGGCAACCUUGGGUGGGGAUGGGAUGAUUUACUUCCAUAUUUCAAGAAAAGCGAGAACUACACAGACAACGUCGAUUCUGAUUUUGGCCGGGAGCUGUAUAUCCAGCCCGAUGCCUCUACCCAUGGCACAGACGGCCCUGUGCACGUUAGCUACCCGCGAUAUUUCUAUAGUCAGUCACAGCUCUUUCUUGACGGCCUGCAAGAAUUGGGAAUCCCAAUCUUGAUUGACCCCAACAAUGGAACCGCGGCAGGAGGCAUGCUAAUACCUGACUCCUUAAAUCCGGACAAUCAGACCAGAUCCUACGCGCGAUUGGAUUACUUCGACACCAUAAUCAAUACACGUCAAAAUCUGCAUGUAGCAACUCAUCAACAUGUUACCCGCGUCCUGGUAGAUGCACCACAUAAUGCCAGUUCAAGAGAUUAUCCACCAGGUCUGUGGAUCAACGGAGUUGAGUUCUUGACGGAUGGGAGCCUUGCUCUGCACAACGUAUCAUGCUCAAGAGAAGUGAUCCUUUCGACUGGAGCUGUGCAUACUCCUCAGAUACUUGAAUUUUCCGGUAUUGGUGACCCAGCUGUUCUUUCGAAAUACGACAUACCAGUAGUCAUCAAUUUGCCAGGUGUUGGAAAUAACUUUCAAGACCAUCCUUAUGUUGGCGUCGUCUAUUACUAUGGGAAUUCUAGCUACUUCAAUCUGGAUAUGUUGCAUACCAAUCCACAGCUGUUGACUCAGAUGGAGCAGGAAUACUACGCAAAUAAGACAGGCCCGUGGACUGCUGGUGCUAUCAACACCGUUGCCUUCCCAUCUCUUCCAUCAAUGUCACAGAAUUGGACCAACAUGAUGUCCGACGCAGCUAACCAGAGUACUACUCAACAUUUGAUUCCCGGUCUUGACCCAACAAUUAUUGCUGGUUUUGAAGCCCAGAAAGCCAUCCUCGUGGACCUGCUGAGCCGGAAGGAUGUUGGUGCCUACGAAAUCCUCAACGACAACAUUGGCCUUCUAGCAGUCGCCACGAUGCAUCCCUUCUCAAGAGGAAGUGUUCACAUACAAUCUACUAAUCCAUUUCUUCAGCCCCUCAUCGAUCCUCGAUACUGCUCAAAUCCUCUUGACUGCCAAGUCCUGGUUGAAGCACUUCUGUUCAAUAACCAGCUCGUCAACACCAACUCGAUGAGACUUUUGAAGCCUGGUCCAUAUGCUCCCUUUUUUCCAAACGCUACUUUCGAAACUUUGAUGACUGCUAUUCGAACCGGCCUCAGAACGGAAUUUCACGGAACUGGUACCACCUCUAUGCUGCCACUCAACCUUGGUGGGGUCGUUGAUACCCAUUUACGUGUAUACGGUGCCAAGAAUCUCCGGGUGGUAGAUUCAGGAAUUAUUCCCCUGGUUCCUGCUGCACAUCUCCAAGCACCUGUCUAUGCAAUAGCUGAGAAGGCCGCGGACAUCAUCAAGAGUGACAACCUGGGCUUGACUCCACAGGGUUGUGGCUUCAAAUCAGCUUUUGCUCAACAAGAUCCCAUCAUUUCAGACUCCUCUGGUACUGCACCAAGUCCUAUAUCCUGGCCAGCAGCGUCGACAUUCCCUGAAUUGUUUAAUUCGAGUGUUCUUGCUGCAUUUGAAGCAAGCACACAAGCAAACUCGACCACAAUUCAACCACCCUUUGCUUCCGCAGCCGCCAAGGAUCAACUCCCAUCAUCAGCCCCGCAAUUUGCUGCUGAAGACGGGAUCUUGAAUGCGGCCUUCACGUUCUUCACGCCAAGCUCGUCUCAAAAUUUUAGCGGAAAUGGAAAGACUGAAUCUACCUUGUCUACCAACAGCACACGGCCGAAGUCGGUUCUCAGUUCCGCCUUCUCGAUUCCAACUAAAUCUGCAUCGCCCAACAACCAUACUGCCGAGAUUCGCGACCAUACCGGGAGCAGUUCUCUCCACUCUAGUAUAGCAUCGGUGAUCCCGAAAAAGCCAGCCAUGGUCAAGCGUCACUGGUCGCCGUCUGGGGCAGCAACUUUAACUUCAAGGUGCCUCUCUACACCUUCCAGUGGCAAGUAUUCAACGCGGUUCACGCCAAACCUGAACAUGCAAAUCCCAGGGAAUGAGAAGACUCCUAGAAGGGCAGUAUCUCGGGCAUUAAGUACUUCGAACACAGAUUUCACAAAUCUGGGCAUGGUACCCGUACCGCACACAUCAGUACAAGUAAGACCGACAACGAGAAAACUACCACAUACAGGAGCACUGUCCCGAGGUUAGCCACAAUAACUGUGCCAGCUAGUGGGGGUAGUGACACAAGGUCAACUUGAACCUCACACGAGCGGGGGAUGGAAUAAGCUCCUUGCAGUGUAGGCUUGGGUCUUGGGGAAACAAAAACACCCACAUGCUGGAAAUUUUGAAUGGAUCUCUAUUAUUGACCUAUGGAGCUUUCAUCUGUAAGUAAAUUUUGGAGGAGGAAGUGGUAUCAUAGACAAGACAUUAGACGUGCGUAAAACUAAUCGGUUGUAACCCCCACAUCUUCAAACCCCACGCUAUGCAAUCUACCCGUUUUGGCGCUUUUAAUGUGAAACAAGGCCUUAAGAUCUUUUAGAAUUCGUCGCUAGAAAGAGUACGCACACCGCCACGAUUGAGAAA